AUGUUGAGACGAAGGGCGCCGAGAGCGUGCACAAUCUGCCGCAAUCGUAAAGUACGGUGCGAUGUCUCGAGGAAGGGCACUCCAUGCUCGAAUUGCUCGAGAGCUUCUGUUGUUUGCUCCGUAGACAACGCAUGGAAAGAAAAGCCAAUGCAGCAUCCUGGCAAAAAGAGUCUGCCCCCGGCCAACGUUUACACAUUCAAACUUGGAGCGCCUGCUGCAUACGACACAGCUGAUCAUGAAACAGUCUCUGCUGAAGCAACCGCCGGCGGGCAAGUCCCGCCAGGGCGUCUUCUCAACGAUGCUACGCCGGUGGAAUGGCGCAGGGGUGGCGAAAUUGCAGAUACAUCUCUGUCGCUAGACCAACCUGAACUUCCGAGCUACAUCGCACGUCUUCCUGGUGGGCUUGACCGCGAUGUCCUGCAGCUGCUACUACGCAGGGGAGCCCUUACAAUUCCCAGCAAACCGAUGAUUGAUGAGCUGCUGAGAGUUUUCCUCAGCGCCAUAGACGGUACAAACAGCGACAGCAUCAGCGUGGUGCUGUUUCAAGCAGUGAUGUUUGCGGGAGUCACCUUUGCAGAUCUGCCUCAUUUGCAACGUGAGGGGUUUCAAAGUUAUAGCGACGCCCGGAAAGUCUUCUUCAACCGGGUGGAAGCAAUAAGCAUGGGUCAAUUAUGCGCGCAGAAGGUCAAAUUGUGCCUUAUCAUUGGACGUAUUCUCGAUUCGCAAUACGAAUUGAGCGGCGUACGACUCGUCGAUUCAAGCGACCCGUUCAUGGUCCUGAUACCGAAAAUGAAAGUCCUCAGUACCGAAGCAGCUGCUCGGGACCAUGAGCUUCGCGAAUGGUCUGCGGAGACGGCUUCUAUAAGAGAGGCUGCCUUAGGACAGGAUCAUCGCCGCAAUGGGAGAGUGCUAGGCUUACAUUCUGCAACCCUUGAACUGCUAUAUUUGACUGCGCUUUGCGCCGUCCACCGCCCACUGCUCCUCCAUGAACAACCAAAAGACUCUGCUGCUGAAGCUUUACAAAGCUUCUCCCGAUCCUCUCUUCGAUCUUCUGCGCGACGAAUCUCGGAAAUAGCCAGACAUCUAGAGGAGAGCCAUCUCAUACAAUUUUUGCCACCGUUGGCGGUGGGAGCCUUUAUCGUGGCAUCUAUCCAACACCUCAAAGAUGCUCUAUCUGCAGAGGCAGAGCUUCGGGCCACUGGAAACUUGUAUCUCAGGCAAACUCUCCAAGCAUUCGCAGCUUUAAGACCGAAGUACAACUCCGCAGAUUGUGCAAUCGCCUUCAUAGAGCGUGUCAGAAGCGGCCAACUUCCGUAUCGGACUUUCGAGUGGGAGGAUCGAGCUAAUUCCCAGGCGCCUUAUGAUGAACAUAUGAUGAUCCGCGCAGAUGGGGAGCCGGAUACCAUCACCAUCGCACAGAUAGGCGUAGACAGCACUCCUCAGCCGUUUGUUACACAGAACCCCAAUGUGAGGUUGCUAAAGGACGGCAGACAUCAUCCCACCGAUAUGUCUGGCAACUCGUUCGGAAACGAUGAGGACAUCAAUAUACCCUACUUUCGGUCAUCCAAUCUUGAGGCCAUUUCCGACUUGCUACUGUCAGCCCCGUUUGAUGCUAACAAUAUCGACUGGGCAAAAAUGGACUGGCAUUAUGUCGAUAAUAUAGAGACUUGA